AUGGUUUUAUUGAUUCAUCCUCCUUCUAUGGUACAGGACACGCCCACCAAAUCGCCCGCUGCUGCCGUUACUUGCCAAAAGCGACGUCGCUCAAGGGAUCUGUCUCCAAGGAGCUUGAAGGCGAUCACGGAAGCUGAGUCUGCCUCCGACUCCGAUCAACCAGGUCCGUCCAAUAAGAGGAUCCGUCAUAAAGACGAUAACAGUGAUGAAGACGGCGCUCUCAUCGACUUCAUUCAUAUGUCAACAUCUCAAACCCGUGGCCACGAAAAUGCAUUGAUUGAUGAAAACCCAGAUAAAGACAUCAACAAAGAUAAUGAUUGUCCCAAAUGCCACAAAACGAUGUCUGGCAAGGCGUGUUUGAAAUGCCAAGACGGAUGUCUAAAAUGGUGGCAUACAAAAUGUUUUGAUAGCACGUUGCAUUAUCGAGCUGGUGAAGCAAAAGCUCGAGCACGUGAUGGAAAAUUUCUCUGUGCCGCCUGUCGAGAAGGCAUC